UCAAGCGUCGAUCAUUUGAUUUCUUAAUUUGUUUUUUCUAUUUAUUUUUUUCUUCAAGUCAAAGAAAAUAUAAAAUGGGCUUGCCGCAUGCGUACGGAACAGACAACUUAACGACCUUUCUCCACAAUUCUCUCUGAAUCCUCGUGUUCGUGUUGUGAAGUUUCAAAAAGCUUUAGUUAUAAAGUCUUACCAAAAAGCAAAAAGGUCUCAUUUAUUCUAAUUGUUAGAACGUUUUAAGCUAUGUUCUACAAUGCUUAUCAUGAAAAUAAAUAUUUACGUGACGGCAUUUACAAGGAGUGAAUAUUAGGAUGUACCAUAUAUUCUAAUUUGUAAACCUAAAUUCAUAAUUGUAAAAGGGGAGAAGAGAAAACUAAAAGAAAAAGAAAACAAGAAGAAUGAUAUGUUCACAAUGCGAAGAUAUGUAGUUAUGUAUCACGUGGCCAACUUUCUGUGUUAAAAACACAGUAAACAAGUUUAUGUAACAACGUAUUUGAACAGAACAUGAUAGGACCUUCUUUAAAAAAAAACAUGAUAGGACCGAAGAUCACUUUUAAGCAACUAUAUUCUCAUCUCAUCAGUGAGCAGCUCCGUCCAAUAAUUAGUUUUUUUUUUCUAUUUCGUUUUUUAAUACAAACUCUAAAAUUUAUUUAUUUUGGGUAAAAUAACUCUAAAAUUUAUGAUUGCAGGUAUUUCAUAAAAUCAUAUUUUCCAUAUUUCAUGCCACCAAAUUCGAAUAUUUAUAGUCUUAUAAUUAAUCAGAAAAUAUGUCAAACCAAGCCAAUUUGGAAUCAACAAUGAUUGCAAGCUAUUAGAUAAUAUCAUAAUAUAUAUUGAUAUUUUAGUGAUAAUAUCAAAGAUAUUUCCAAACUGAUAUCAGGUUUGAUAAGUUUGUUACUAGUAUUAAGCUAACGUUAGCUAAUUGAGUUGUCUAUAUAUAUCUUGCAAUUGUCACAUCCCAAUACCCUUAAUUAAUGACUAUUAUUAUUUAUUUAUUUUCUUAAUACUUUAAAUUUUUCACGUAAGCCCUAAUUGGGUUUACUACUUUGGACUUUAUCCAGCCAAUAUGAAACCUACCUACUCAUAUCAUAUCACCCACAAAUUGACAAGCAUAAACACACAUUUCCAUCUACCGAUCUAGCCCUAAUGAAACACACUAUUAAAAAAAAAACGAAGUGAACACAAUGUUGGAUUUGUGCAAAACUGUUGCUUGAAGACAUUUGAAGUAAAACAAUGACAACCAUCACUGCCAAACGGAAACGAAAGAACUUCGCUUCUCUCAUGUCUUUUUGGCGUAGAUAAUGAUCUUUCACAGAUCCUUUAACUAGCUCCACUAUGUUUUUUCUUCUUUUUUGCCAUAUUGGUGCUCUUUGAUUUUUUUUUUUGUAAAUCUAACUCUUUCAUUAAUUUGAAUAUUAACAGUUUAGCAAAAAAAACAAUGACAAAAAUGUUAAUCUUCCUGAUUCUUUCUUUCCCUAUUAAAGCUGAUUCUAAUAUCUUUGGCUUUGUCUUAAAUUCACUGUGUAUAGUAGCUACUAGCUUCUAGGUCUAAACUCGUAAGUUGUCUUUUUGACCCACUAUUACUGAUGAAGAAACCACUUUUUGUUAUCAAUUAUGUAACACUCAAAUUGUAUUAUCUAAUGAAAUGGCAGAAAGAUGGAUAAUAGUGGACUGUAUUUCACAGUGACCUACCUACUGUUGGGUGUUUUUUUUUGUGGGUGGGAAGUAGAACUGCAUAGAUAAUUGCAUAAAAUCUGAGCUCGUGCUCAACGGCUAAAACACACACUUUCGUGUGAUUGAUUUAACCUGAUGGGUCCCAAGAGCCGACUGAGAUUAUGUCUCUCACGUAGAGCCAAAAAGGAUAAUGAUGAUAUAAUUCAACUCUCAGGUUAGUUAUCAUUUGAACACAAAAAUAGCAGAUGCAGUGGUUGAUAACAAGAUCUGAAAGCUGAUGUUUACAUUAUUUUGCAAUAAGAUUAAUCUUGAGUUUGACAAGUUGAACAUUUUAAAGGACAUGAAACAAAUAAUGAUAAUUAUUAAAAACAACAUGACAAGCAGAUCUAAAAAGAGAUUCUGAGCAUGAAUGAGAACAAACUGAAUAGUACUUAUUAUGUUAGUUUAUUUUUGCUACCCUGGUGUCAAAGAUUGUAUUAGAUACAGAUAUUUUGAUAGAUAUGAUACAAAAGGAAAAACAAUUAUGAAGCCAAUAAUGUAAAGCUGGAAACUCUUUUUUCCAUGUUUGAAACUAUGUGAGUAUCAAGUUUCAAGUUACAACACCAAUUUGUUAUUAUUAUUACUACUUUAUUAUCAAAUCUGUGGGAGAGGAAGAGCCCACAGGUAAUCUCCUAAAAUGAAGCUGUAAACUUGUCUAAUGUUCAAACUGGUGUUUUAAUGCCAUACGGUGCUCCUAUGAGACAAUAAAAUAGGAGAAAAGAGGAACCUUCAUUUUAUGAUCUCCUCAUUUUUUAUUACCUUUUAAAAAAAAAAUCUGCCCUUUCACACGUAUAAUGAAUCAUGUAUGGUUUCUAUAAACAUAUUUUAAGAUUUUUUAUAUAAUGUGUAAACCUUUUUUUAAUUCUACAACUACUUUUUGAGAAAAUUAUUUAUCAUUAUCUAAUCAGAGUUAUGUGUAGAGACUUGCAUUGCCUAUUUAAGCACUCAUCAUAAUGGUUGACGAAUAUGCGCCAGCACCUCUUUCUUCUUCUUCUCCUUCUCCAAUUCGUCUACACGUUUUCAGUUUCUGUCUAAAAGAAAUUAGAGGCAAAAAAUAGUUUCAUUUGUUGUUCCACCAAGACAAAUCAUAUAUACACACUCUUAAAUUGUCUUUUUGUGAUGUGGGCAUUGUUCAUUUGGGUUUCUCUGCUUGUCAUAACCGUCACACACUGGGUUUACAGCUGGAGGAACCCCAAAUGCAAAGGGAAGCUUCCACCUGGCUCGAUGGGUUUACCUCUACUCGGAGAGACUAUCCAGUUCUUCAAGCCAAACACUACUUCAGACAUCCCUCCUUUUAUCAAAGAGAGGGUUAAGAAGUAUGGUCCAAUUUUCAAGACCAAUCUAGUGGGGAGACCAGUUAUUGUAUCAGCAGAUCCUGAUUUGAGUUACUUUGUGUUUCAACAAGAGGGUCGGCGUUUCCAGAGUUGGUAUCCAGACACUUUUACAAACAUCUUUGGGAAAAAUAAUGUGGGUUCACUACAUGGGUUUAUGUACAAGUACCUUAAAAGCAUGGUCUUGACUCUCUUUGGCUACGAUGGUCUCAAGAAGAUGCUUCCUCAAGUAGAGCUGACUGCAAAUAAGAGAUUAGAGCUUUGGUCAAAUCAAGAAUCAGUAGAACUCAAAGAUGCAACCGCAAGUAUGAUAUUUGAUCUCACGGCGAAGAAGUUGAUAAGCCAUGAUCCAGACGAGUCAUCAGAGAAUCUAAGAGCUAACUUUGUUGCUUUCAUUCAAGGACUCAUCUCCUUCCCUUUUGACAUUCCAGGCACAGCUUAUCACAAAUGUCUUAAGGGUAGGGAAAAUGCAAUGAGAAUGUUGAGGAAUAUGCUUCAGGAGAGACGUAAGAAACCACGGAAGAACCCAAGUGACUUCUUUGAUUAUGUCAUUGAAGAGAUUCAGAAAGAGGGGACUAUUCUGACAGAAGAGAUUGCAUUGGAUCUAAUGUUCGUCUUGCUAUUUGCCAGCUUUGAAACAACUUCUCUCGCUUUAACUUUAGCCAUCAAGUUCCUUUCAGAUGACCCUAAAGUUCUAAGACGUUUAACGGAAGAACAUGAGACGAUUCUGAGAAACCGGGAAGAUGCAAACUCCGGACUUACAUGGGAAGAAUAUAAGUCAAUGACUUACACAUUUCAGUUCAUAAACGAAACAGCAAGACUAGCAAAUAUAGUUCCUGCCAUCUUCAGAAAGGCGUUGAUAGAUAUAAAAUAUAAAGAUUAUACGAUACCAGCCGGCUGGGCGGUGAUGGUCUGUCCACCAGCUGUACAUUUGAAUCCAAAAAAGUAUGAAGAUCCCUUAGUCUUCAACCCAUCGAGAUGGGAGGAAUCAAAUGCUAACGAUGCGUCAAAGCACUUCAUGGCGUUUGGUGGUGGGAUGAGGUUCUGUGUUGGAACUGACUUCACGAAAUUGCAGAUGGCUGUGUUUCUCCACAGCCUAGUAACAAAAUACAGAUGGGAGGAGAUUAAAGGAGGGAAUAUAGUUCGAACUCCAGGAUUACAGUUUCCAAACGGUUACCAUGUCAGACUCCAUAAGAAAAAUAUACUAGAGAAUGAAUGACAAGUAAAACGAAGCUGUUAUACAUCUUGAACACUAAGUUAAACGGGGGAGGAUGUAGCUUGAAUCUAUAUGUCUUAAUUAGGUUAAGGAUGAGAAAUCAGCUACAAAUUAAGGUGAACCACACAAUUUUGAUUUCAAGCUGUCGUGUGUUGGGUCAGAAACUGUAAUAUGUAUAGUGUUAUAUAUUUGAUCACAGACAUUUUAACUCCA